AAUAUCAAAAUAGUAUAAAGAAAGUAUGUGUCAGUAUCACUAUCUCAUUUCAGACUUAUAAUAAAUAUAAAAGUCGAUAGUGGACAUUUCUAUUACGAUAUUUAAUGUUUUAAAACAAAAUAAAAAUGUAAUUUAAAUGAUACAGUGUAUAAAGAAUAAACGGAAAACAUAUAAAGAUAAUAAAUUAGGUCAAAGAUUCUCACCUUGCAAAAGAAAUCAUCUUCAGUGUCUAGAAUCAAGUACUUGUAUUCUUGUCAAAACCUUCGUGAUUUGUAAAACAGACAACAAUGAAGCACGGCGGACCGUCAGUGUUUUACGCAAAGGCGGACGGCAGUGAGUGGGCCAAAUACGUGAACGAAAAGUUGAAGUCUUAUGGCAUUCAUGGCGAGUUAAAUGAACUGUCGGUAGACAAGCAUUUAGUAGUAGUUUCUCAAUGUAUCAACGUGUUGAUAAUCACUCCAGAUUUUCUUGAACACAAAGACUGGAGUUCUAUAUCGGAGCUCGACCAUGACACGUGUUUCGCAGUGCUUACCGGCGUGGAGCUCUGUGAUCUUAAAGACGCCGGGAAACUGUACGGUUGUGAGCACAUGGCAGAGUGGGAAGUGCACGAGAACACAGGCACGGAUGACUGUGUGAAGGACAUGUUUGUGAAGAUCAUUGCAAUAUACGAACACUCGAACCCCCUCCCGAGUUCGCAUUCACCACAUUCCCAACACCCACCUCACACUCCCGCGCACGGACAAAAGCUUCCACUACGUCACAUUGUCAGUGACCCUUCAAGUAGUUUUCCUUAUUGGAAUAUAUCAAGUUCCCCUCGCCACACGAGCAUAGGCCACUUGCACGAGGAGGACGACGAUGACAGGGGAUACUACGACACGUUGCCGCAGAAGCCCCGGCAGGUCAACGCAUUAAAGGAAGUGUUCUUUAAGGACGAUGUUAUAUAUAUGAUAGUGGAACGUCUUCCAGAGGAAGAGAUAGACGUUAAAAUCGGUGAAGAAAGCGUCUCACCGAUCCUUACGGCGCAUGUUGUGUACACGUUACCAACACUUAAAGGGCAUCCCAAAUCUGAAGUCACUGUGUCCCAACACGGUGACGUCAUCGGUAAACGUCACGUGUCAUGCCUGCAUAGCACACCAGAAGAAGCUUUCGACGCUGACGUUCAAAACGCUCAAAAACGUCUGACGUCAUUGUCGGGAACGUCCAAAUCAAUCGCAACACAGACGGAUGUUGUACAGAUGGAAACUCCACGAAAAUCUCAAGUACAAACCCCGGAGGGUCAUUUGACGGACAGAGAAAGUGAAUAUAUGACCACGAGUGCGAUCAGACUUAGAUCGUCGUCACAAAACUCGUGUGAUUCAAAACUUGAACAAUUGUGUCAGCUUUUAGAAGAGGAAACGAGUCCAGAAACGUUACUCUGCAGGUGCCUAGGCAUCGAACAGGACACAGAGUUGCUGGACAAGAAGAUGGCGAAACUGGUUGAUACUAUGGAAACGUUACGAGCAAUAUCAUUCCCAUCCCGACCACUUUCAUCAGAAGCCACUGAAAACUCCACGUGGCCGACGCUGGUUCAUUUUGGGGCGAGGUUCAACCUUCAAACGUUCUGUGAUGUGUUGCUAAGCAACCCAAUUUUCUACGACGCCUGCACUCGCAAAAACUCAUAUGGCGACACCCCAGAAGAUAUAGCACGAAAACACGGGCAUAGAGAUUUAGCCGCUAAAUUAGAGGCGUUUGCUCAAGAGCUAAAAUCAACUAAAUACGACAGCGGCGUAUCCGGUUUCUCUCUUGACCGGCCCAUGCCCCGACUGUCCACCAUCCUGCUUGGGGACGCCCCGCCCCCACCGCAUGCUUUCCAGCGCUACAUCAACUUGGACGGUGACACAUAUGAAGAACGUAAACCUGAGCUACCACCCAGGCCGUUUGAAGACUUAUAUGAUAUAUCUGCGGAUUCAGAAUUUGCAGCAGACAAGCGUGGGAGUGGCAGUUCCGUGUCGAGCCACGAACAUGGUGGUAUCGACGAUGUACAGUACAAACACAAGGACGUCACUGCCAUGUUGGGGUGUGAUAGUCCUUCACCACAAGAAGAGAAGAAGAAAAAACACUGGUACAAGCGUCUAUUGUCUAAGACCGGUCGAGAACGUAGUAACUCGGAACCGGCCAUUACUGUCUUGAGGGACUUCAAGGGCUCGCGGAAGGACCACUCAAGAUCCAGUGGAAGUUCAAGCUCCGCGUCGACUUACUCGGACGGUCCCGGUACGGUACCCUAUAUGGAUGAACAAGAAGAGGUAACCCUGCGUGAAUCAGUAACAAAAAAUAAAGGGAAAGGGAAAAUUAAAGGCAUCUUAAUGGACAAAAAACAUUUGAAGCGACAGUCGAUGCGAAUCAAGAAGGCGGAGAAGGACAGCCAUCAUGAUGGCCCCAAAUUGCCCCUACGAGCCCAGGAACUCAAGAACUCGAGAUUCUAGGCACAGGAUGUGACGUCACGCCGAACAGGAAGUCACAUUUCAACGAAACUUACGUUAGUAAUCACCGGCAAUGUUAUGAGACGUUGACCAUUUUUGGGAUCCUUGGAAUAUAGGUUGUCGUAUGGAAUGCACGAUGUUCAGGCCGAUCAAUUCUACUGACUAACGUUUUCAAGACGUAUCACAGUACUGCAGGCAAUGUCCUCCAUCCUUCAAUUUUAAAUGUGAUUCAGAUGCAAUAAAAAUAGUAUGAAUUGUUAACUACCAAAAACCCACUUUAUGUGCGUCAUCAAUGACAAGGUAUUCGAUGUUAAGCAUCUACAUCAUUGUAUUAUUGUGUUAGUGUAUAUAUAUACUGUUAUAGUGUAGAAAGGCGACUUAAAUUCUGACGUGAUAAUAUCUGCACGCAACAUCAACAACUACAACUGAUAUUAUCAUACAGACGCAAUUUUAAAUGAGUAUUGUAUAUACAUAGUGUAAUGGAGCUUACAUGUUUACAACUUUAUUUAUAGUGUACAGGACUGUUCAUCCGUGUAAUGUUUAGUAAAUGGUUUGAUGGCCAUGUUUAUUUUGUUUGUAAAUAUAAAUAAUAAUUCAUAUAUAGAUAAUAAUUCAUAUGUUAUAUGUAUGUAAUUUUAAUAUGUACAUUAAAGGGACUUAUUCUCAUAGUUUACUUUGGCAACAUUUUCAUUCUUUGUAACUGAGUUAUUUUACCUGCCUUUAAACAGACACCAAACAUCAAUUGGCAGAAACUUACUUGAACAGAAUGUUGCAACUCCAGGCCUUAAAUAUUUUUCAAUAGGGUUAAAUUUGGCAAAUAGAUCUUUUCUGUCUCAAUUGAAAAAAACAACAACAAGGCUCCAAAAUUACCAUCCGGGGUGGUAUUCAAUAUUGAUCUUAAAUGGAUCUAAGAACGAUGUAGCUAAUCGGAUUGCUAGAUAUAAAUUACAGACCUACAUGUAUACAGUUAAUGGAGACAAUGAUGUAUGACCAUAAGAAUGACUUAAGUCGAAUAUUGAAAACCACCUCUGGUGGUUUAACCAGUAUUUAACAGUGAGUAAAUUACAGAAUUGAGAAUUAACCAUAAUUGUUUGUUUUUUCUAAGUCUCUCUUCUUAACCUUUGAAACUUGAGUCCCUUUAACUUAACCUGUCUGAUAUCACUGGUGCAAUGCAAUAUACAUGUUUUCAAAGGCAUUUACAAUAUUGUUAUUAUGUACAAAACCUGCCCCAAAUGUUCAUGCUCUGUGUAUAUGUAUGUACUUCUAUUUGAUAUUGUUAUAUUUAAGUCUCAUUUAUAAUUAUUAACGCUAUUCAGAUGAAGUUAAAACAUAUAAAAAGACACAUUUAACAUACUUUCAGAAGAUUAUGGAUUGAAUUUUAACUGUUCACAAUAAAAUGUUAUAAAGCCAUGAAAACUGUAACCAGUCAGUAUUUUGAAAGUUUUGGUUUUUACUCAUUAUUUGGUAAAAUCUAAAUAUUUCCAAUUUCUAUUGGAAUAAAAUAAAUUUUCAAAAUACUUCCUCAUUAAUAAGAAUUCUCAAAAUCUGAACAAAGAACCAUUAUGAAUUGUUUAUUCAUUAGGUACUUAAGUAUAAUGGUAUGUUGAAAUGGGACUUUCUUAAAAUGUAGAAUUAUAAUAAUUAUUUAAACUUGUUAAGAUUUCUUACAGCUGAUAUUUUUCAAUCCUGAUUAAUACCCGGGCUUCUGUUUGAGAAUAAAUAAGGGAUUCAUACCCAAAGUAGGGUACAGUGGCAAUUAAACCCUUUUGAAAUGGUUUCCAAUGUCAUUUAUAUUCAUUUCAAGGUAACUUCCUGCUGUUUUUUAAUGAAUGUGUCUGAGCAAAAAAAACAUCUUCGUUACUCCCAGAACAGAAAUCGAAAGUUAAAAUUUCUCAAUCCUGAUUUAGGAUUAAUCCUAAACCUUGGAACCCUGGCCCAAUAUUCAUAAAACAUCUUAAGUCAUGAAUACAUCUUAAGUCAUCUUUUAACCUUAGUCCAAUUCUUAACUUUUUUAUAGUCAAUCUAAAAGAAGUUAUUUUAGUAUAAAAAUAUGUUUAUUUAUUUUAAUAACAUCAAUACAAAAUAAAGCAUUUCUGAUAGUAUCAAGCUUUUAAAUAAAACAACCACCGAGAUAUAUAGCUUAGGAAAAUGAGUUAAGAUGUUUUUUUGAAUACCUGUCCAGCUCUAAAUGCAUUUAAGUGUGAAAUAUUGUGAAAUUGAAUAGAGGUUGUGUGUGUGUGUUUGAUGUUCAACAAUAGUUUUGUAUGAACAUUAACUAAAAUGAUUUCCAACAAGGAAAUCUAUUUUGGAUAUUGAUAAGAUGUACAUGUACUUGUUUUCAGAUGAAACAAUGCAGUAAAAAUAAAAUCUCA